AUGCGUGCGUGGGUAAAUUACCAUAACACUAUCUAUCUAUCUAUCUAUCUAUCUAUCUAUCUAUCUAUCUAUCUGUUUAACUUCUUCUUCGUCCGCCCUGCAACUCUUCUCGCCAAGGUCCGAACUCUUCUCUCUGCCCUCUGUCGUGAACUGAACUUCUCUCCGUCCGGGGCUGAACUUAGCUCUCUGUCGUCCGGGGCUGAACUGAGCUCUCUGUCGUCCGGGGCUGAACUGAACUCUCUGUCAUUUACGAAAGCAGAGCGGACAUGCGUCGACGGAAGUGCGUACAGUUUACGAAAGCUGAGUACUUGUUGGCGGAACAGAUGCGAUUUCCUUUCUCGUCUAAUCGAGUUUGUUACACGACGAGUUUUCCUCAGACGUUCGGUAGCUUCCUUGUUUCACUGCAACAGGAGUCGACCCAACAUCGAUUACGCUUUUUUUUUCUUUUUUUUCCCCCUUUUUACGUCAUUACGUAGCCACUGGUUUGUCUGGCACAAGCAGAAACGUAUUUGUCUAUCUGAACCUAAACUAGUUGUAGACGAUCCAACAAAGACAAAACGCAAUGCAUAA